UCCUGCAGGAGCGAACUGCCUCCAUGGCCUCCAAGAAAGCCAGCCCGGACCGCGCAAGGUCCUAGGAGCCGGGAAGCAAGGAGCAUGGUGGGGGUCCUAGCCAUGGCGGCUGCAGCUGCUACCCCUCCCAUGAAGGACUACGAGAUCGAGCCAUGCAAAAAGCGAAGGAAAGAUGGUGACAGAUCUUCAUGCAAAACAAUUACAAAAUAUUUAUCACCAGUAGGGAAGACUGGAGACAGAGUUUUCACUUCACCAAAACCCAGUAAUAUUCUGGAUUAUUUUAGAAAGACUUCACUCACAAAUGAGAAGACACAGUCAACAAGAGGAUAUAAGACAAAGUCAUCUACAUCAUUGUCCAUUGACAGUAGCAAAGACUGUAAGGCACCUUUGGAAAUAUUCUCAAAUAAAGAUCUUAAGAAGAAAGGAAAGAGGGUUAAUUUAUCUCAUCGACUAAAUAAUAUUAAAACUGCAAGUGAAUCUCCCAUUGAAAUUAAUGAUGAUGAUAGACAAGAAUACUCUAGCUUAAGUAGUGAUUUUGAGGAAAGUAGUACUUCUGUUUCACUUUAUAAGAAACACGUGGAGGUACUUGCAGAGAGCAUUCAGGAUAUAAAAAAUCAGUCAAGUACCCUGACCUCCAAGAAAGAUUCUAAAAAAGUAAAUCCUCGACAAGGGACCACAAAAAAUGAUUGCAAAAAGUUGAGAAAAAGGAAGAACAGAGAUGUAAUAGAUCUAUCUGAAAGUUUACCCUUGGCGGAAGAUGUAAAUAUGCGUACAAAAGAUGGUAGAGAUAGUAAACAGAUAAUGCCUUUCCUAACUGAUGGAAUUGAGGCUCGUACAAAUGAUGUAAACUCUAGAAAUACGGUAACUAAAAUAGCCCAGCUAAAUGAUGCUACAAUAACUGUCUCAUACGAGGAGUUUUUAAAAAGUCACAAGGAAAAUAAAGGGGAACAGAUACCAGACUCCACAGUGUCCAUUUGUGUUCCCUCUGAAACUGUUGAUGAGAUAGUCAAAAGUGGUUAUAUAAAUGAUCCAGAAAACUAUGAAAUUUCCCACCAGGUACGCUUUAAGACAGUUACUGUUCUUGCACAAGUUCACCCUCUUCCUCCCAAAAAGAGUGGGAGAAUACCCCGAAUUUUCUUGAAACAAAAGAAAUUUGAAACGGAAAAUAGUCUAUCCGAUCCUGAGAAUGAACAGACGAUUCAGAAAAGAAAAUCUAAUGUUGUCAUACAGGAAGAAGAAUUAGAAUUGGCUGUGUUGGAAGCUGGAAGUUCUGAAGCCGGGAAACCAAAAUGCACUCUCGAAGAAAGACAGCAGUUUAUGAAAGCAUUUAGGCAGCCAGCAUCAGAUGUCCUUAAAAGUGGAGUUAAAAAGUCUUCUGAUAAACAGAAAGACCUUCAUGAAAAAUCUCUGAAUGAGGGAGGAAGAGAAAAUUCUAAAAAAAUCAUGGAAAAUCCUAGUAUGCAAAUGGUUUUAAAUAAUGACAAUUCACAAUCACGCACUGAUAAAGGAGCUUUUCCUAAGUUGAAAAGUAAAAAGCUAAAGAAAAAGGGUAAGAAAACAUUAGAUACUGGAACUAUUCCAGCUGAAAACAGAGAGAGAAACACUCGAAAGAAAGAAACCACCUUUUCCGUAAAAGAUAAACAAAAUCAAAAUAGGCUUAGAAUGAGUUUAAGACAAAAGAAAACAGAAGUCUUCAAAAGCAGCACUUUAUUUAACAGCCGAAGUCUUGUUUGUGUAGCAAAUGAUGACCCUGUAAAGAUUUCCCAUUUAUGUAACAACAAUAAAUCAUCAAGAAAAACUAGCACACCAGUUAAAGAUGAUAGGGUUAUGCAUUCUAAAGCUGAACCUGAAGACAGCUUGGUAAUUGUUUCUACGCCCAAAUCAGCCAGAAGAUCUAUAAGAAGUAGAAGCAUGCCUGCAAUCAUAACCAUUAGUGAUACCGAUUCUGAAGAUGCACAAGAUAAUGCAGUAAAGGCUUCCACUCCAAAAGCAGCCAGCUUAUCAGAAAAGCAUAGCUUAUAUACAGCGGAAUUAAUAACAGUACCCUCUGAUUCAGAGAGCCCUAUUAGAAUGAAAUUCACCAGAAUCAGUACUCCCAAAAAGUCUAAGAAAAAAUCUAAGAAAAGAUCUAAGAAAUCUGAAGCAACUGAAGAAGAUUUCACUUCUCCAGCUAGAAAGGCAAGCAAUGCUUCAAAAAAUAUAUCAAAAGCAAAACAAUUGGUUGAAAAAGCAAAAACUUUACACAUCAGUAGGUCAAAGGCACCUGAAGAAGUAGUGAAACCUUUAAGGCGUUCCUCUAGACAUCAGACACUUCCUGAAAGGCAGAAAUUCUCAGAAGUAGAAGACUCUGUAAUAAUAGUAGGUUCAAGUCAUACUUCUUUAAGGCAUCCAGAGAAAAAUCAGAAGAAACUUCAGUGUUUGAAUGAUGUGCUAGGGAAAAAACUUAGCAAGUCCACUAAAAAUGUACCAGGAAAAGUGAAAGUUGCUCCUUUAUUUCUUGCCAGAAAGGAACAAAAACCAGUUGAUCCUAUCCUUGGUUUUGAUGAAAGAAGUCAAGAUACAUCUGAAAAAUCUCAGGAUUGUGACAUACAAUUUAAAGCAAAACGUGACUUCCUAAUGAGUGGUUUGCCAGAUUUGUUGAAACGACAGAUUGCAAAGAAAGCUGCUGCAUUGGAUGUGUACAGUGCAGUGAGUGCCAGUUUCCAGAGAGUUGUUCAUGUGCAGCAAAAGGAUGAUGGCUCUGUGCCUUUUAUGAGGACAAGGAAGGAUUUUUCUGAAGAAGUAAGAAAUCUUUUGCUGGAGGAAAUUAAGUUUUCAAAUCCUGAAUUUUCUUUAAAAAAGUAUUUUCCAUUGCUUCUGAAAAAACAGAGUGAGCACCAGCUACUUUCUGAGUGCCAUGGAAGACAAGAAAGUCUACAAUUAGAGCCUGAUGUCAAUCAAAAAGAAACCAAAAGGAAACGACUAGAAAUAGAAAAUCGUAAGUCAAAAAGAAAGAAACCAAAUGAAUAUUCAGAAAAUCCAGAAAAGAUAAAUGGGAAGCCAAAAGAACUUGACAAAAGAAAUAGCUCUUCUGGAAUCAAGAUCGAUGCUUCCAAAGAUUCUGGAACUGAAGACAUGCUCUGGACAGAAAAAUAUCAACCUCAGACUGCCAGUGAACUCAUAGGCAAUGAGUUAGCUAUAAAAAAGUUACAUAGUUGGUUAAAAGACUGGAAAAGAAGAGCUGAAUUAGAAGAAAGACAAAAUUUGAAGGGAAAAAGAGAUGAAAAACAGGAAGAUUUGUCAGCUAGCAUAGACUUUAAAGGCGGGUCAGAUGAUGAAGAAGAGAGUCGUCUUUGCAAUACUGUUCUCAUAACGGGGCCAACAGGAGUGGGAAAGACUGCUGCAGUGUACGCUUGUGCUCAGGAGCUGGGAUUUAAGAUAUUUGAAGUGAAUGCCUCUUCCCAGCGCAGUGGUAGACAAAUUCUGUCUCAGCUGAAGGAAGCUACUCAGUCUCAUCAAGUAGACAAGCAAGGUGUAAACUCACAAAAACCCUGUUUUUUUAAUAGCUACAACAUGGGCAAGUCACCAAAAAAAUUAAACUCCCCUAAGAAAGUUGUUACAUCACCAAGAAAACUACAUCCACCAUCACCAAGAAGUACUGGACCAAAGCGUGCACUUCCCCCUAAAACAUUGGCAAAUUAUUUUACAGUAUCUUCCAAACCAAAAAAUAAUGAAGAAACAGCAGCACUUCUAGCAAAUAAUAAAGGAAUCAAAAAUUCUUUUGAACAAAAACAAAUUGCUAAGACUAAAUCUACAAAUGCAACUAAGUCAAAUGUCAAAGAAUUUGGAGCCGAGGAACCUGGCAGGAAAAAUGCAACAUCUCUCAUUCUUUUUGAGGAGGUUGAUGUAAUUUUUGAUGAAGAUGCUGGGUUUUUGAAUGCAAUCAAAACGUUCAUGGCAACGACUAAACGACCUGUAAUCCUUACUACAAGUGAUCCAACAUUUAGUUUAAUGUUUGACGGUUGCUUUGAAGAAAUCAAUUUCAGUGCUCCUUCCCUGCUGAAUGUUGCCAGCUACCUACAAAUGAUCUGCUUAACCGAGAAUUUUAGAACUGAUAUAAAAGACUUUGUAACCUUGUUAACUGCAAAUGCUUGUGAUAUAAGAAAAAGUAUCCUCUACUUACAAUUCUGGAUUAAAAGUGGAGGUGGAUUUUUAGAAGAAAGGCCAUUGACACUCUGCCGCGGAAAUAGCAGAAAUGUACAGCUAGUUUGUGCUGAAGAUGGUCCUGAUUCCAAAAAUAACCUUAAAAAUACUAAAAAGAGUCGUGCAAUUGUCCCCAGAUGUGACACUGGCUGUGUGGAGACAUACUUCGGCCUUAAGAACAUUUUUUCCCCUUCUGAAGACUUAUUUUCAUUUUUAAAGCACAAAAUCACAACAAAAGAAGAAUGGCGUAAACUCAUUCAGCUUCUUACAGAAUUCCAAAUGCAGAACGUGGAGUUUUUAUAUAGUAAUCUUGAAUUCAUUCUACCAUUACCAGUUGACAUCAUUCCAGAAACGGAAAACCUUUGUGGCUCCUCAGUAACCAUGGAUGCCAGUGCAGCAACAAAAAGUACGAAAUGUCUUUCUGGGAAACAUUCUGGAGAGCAGCCAUCAAAAAAGUCAAAAAAAAAGAAAAGGAAAAAGAUGGUGAUAUUAGAUGAUAGUGACUUAUUUGACACUGAAUUGAGCUUUCCUGAGGAAUGUGUUAGCCUCUCCCCUGUGUCAUCUUCCUCAAAGUCAGAAGAAAGCAAAGCCAGAGGCAAAGAAAGCAACCCAGAGACCAAGAAACUAAACAAAUGUUUAGAGUCUAACCCUGCCUCUAUUUCUCAUCCUCCUAAAACACCAGCAGAAAAAAAAUGUUCUUCCCUUGUUUCUCAUUGUUUAAAUUCUCUCACUGAGUUCAUGGAUAACAUGUCCUUCUUAGAUGCCCUUUUAACUGAUGUAAGGGAACACAAGGAAUUUGGUAAAAACGACUUUAGUUGGACAAAUGCAAAGGUUAAAAGUGGACUUUGUGAUGAGUUUAGUCUCGAGAGUAAUGAUGGAUGGACUUCUCAAAGCUCUGGAGAAUUCAAGGCAGCUGCAGAAGCUCUCAGCUUUACUAGAUGUUCUUCUACUAUUUCAAAAGCAUUGGAAACUUCUUUGAAUUCUUGCAAGAAAUUAGGAAGAGAUCCAACCAACGAUCUUACUUUUUACGUUUCACAAAAGCGCAAGAAUGUAUACUUUAGUCAGUCAGCAGCUAAUUUAGACAGCGCUUGGAAGAGGAUAGCAGUCAUUAAAAGUGUAUUUUCUAGUCGAUCUCUUGUGAACCUGGGUAAUAGACAAGCUAGUAUAAUAGAAUACCUGCCAACUCUUCGAAACAUUUGUAGAUCUGAGAAGCUAAAAGAACAAGGAAAAAGUAAAAGAAGGUUCCUGCACUAUUUUGAAGGAAUUCAUCUUGACAUCCCAAAAGAGACUGUGAAUACUUUGGCAGCUGACUUCCCUUAGUAUUCUACAGAGAUGCCUUGUACAAAUUACUGUCCUUAAGAAGCUUUUUUAUAUUAUGUUGAUUUUCAUGGAAAGGUUUCUCUUAAUGUACAUUUAAA